AUGGAAUUUCCAGAUGAUUGGGUAUGUGAAUCAUGUGAAGUGAUUUCUCCAAAACCUGAUGAGGAAGAAGACAUAAUGGCAUCCUCUGCUGAUUUAGUUCACCUUGAUGCCAUGCAUCCAGCCGGUCCCAGCAGAGUUCUUGAUGAUUCAGGGUGGCAAGCUCAUUCCAGAAGGCAAAAACCAGUUGAGACUGGAAAAGUUAAAUUUAUUCCAAAUGAAGAAGUCAUCAGGCUAUCGUCAGGAGUUAGAUCUCAGCGAAGUACUUUCGGCUCCAAACCUCGUCAGUUAAAUUUCAUGGCACCUAUCCCCCAAAGGGCUCCUUUUGGGUCUAGAAUUGUGACUCCAAAGUUUCCUAUGUCUGCGAUCAAAGCAAAUCCUAGCAUUAUGUCUUCAAGAACUGUGAACCCUCCUAGAUGUGGCGGGAGUGUCAAAAUGCAAAGCAUAGCAAAGAUUAUUCAGCGAACAUCUCCAAUUUUGAAGGAUUCAAAAGGAGAAACAAAGACUUCCGUAGCUUCUGGAAAUGAGCAUAUUGGGGAGAAGCAAUUAACGGAUGUCUUAGUUGGUGAAACUUCUUAUAAGAAGAUGGAGUCCAAAACAGGAAAGGAGCCACUCACAGUUUCAACAAUGAGGCACUCAUCACCUAUUUCCAGUCCAGAUAGUGAAGAAAGAGAUCCCGUGAAUAUUUUUGAUAGUCUCAAUCUAAAGCCUUCGAAUCUUCCUGCUCGAGAUGGUCCUUGGAAGGGAGGCUUCAUCCUUGAUGCAGCCACACCUGGAGAAUUCAUUGGUGGGUUCCAAGCACGACCUCCAUGUAAGGUCCAUCCUAAAGCCUAUGCAUUUUCACAAAAAAUGCCUCUCAUCCUCAAUGCCAACUGGCUUCCUCGAUCCAGUAUUUGGACUGAUAUCUUCCAAGACGAUGACCCUGUCCUUGAAGAUGUUGCCCUUUACUUUUUCCCUGAUGAAAACAUUGAGAGAUCAAGAGAGAACCAUGCUCGGCUGAUUAACCGCAUGGAGAACCAAGAUUCAAUUAUGCGAAUUUGCUUUGAUGGCAAGGGGGUGCAGUUGCUGAUAUUUACAUCAGGAAGUCUACAGUUAGACUCACGGGUGGCAGACUUCUUAUGGGGAAUCUUUCGUUGUAUAAAAAAGGAUGUUGCUCAUAAUAAGGUACAUGAAGGACUCCCGUCAACGGUCGAUCAAGAAAACGUGGAUGACAAUAAGACUGUGGAUAUGGAAGUUGACAUGGUAGGUGGAAAGAUGGUGGGAAGAGUUGAUAUAGUGGUUCCGAGGGAUUCAAAGGUUAUCUGGAACACUAAAUCAUCAUCAGACAACAUGUGGCUUGCAAAGAACUUGGGAAAAGACGAGGAUAAAAUCCCCCCUGAAACAGAGGAGGAGGAGGAAUCGGCAGGCCCACCAGAGCCUCCUUCCAUUGACCUAAACAUGGCAUUGGCAUGUGCAUGCUCGCUCUUCCAUGUUUUUGCAAUUUCUUGUACACAACAACAGUCAAGGACCCAAAUUUGA